CUUGCGAGAAAAUGGCCAUAAAUGUCCAAGAAAAUCCCUGUCGAUCGCCUUGGCGCAUGAAGCGGAGAAAGAAGUUUGCUGGAAGUUUACUCCGGUGUUGUAAGCGGGAGAGAAAGUAGUCCCUGUGGAAUGUGAGUGCGUUUUCGCGAGAUUGGAGGAGCGCUUUCCUUCUCCGAAGCUGAUGAACGCUCGGUCUGUCGAUGAACGGCCGUCCUCUCUCUCUCUCGCUCUCUCUAUUUAUUUUAUUAUUGUUAGUAGGAGUAUUAUUUUUGUGUGUGUGUGUGUGUGUGUGUGUGUCGGGCGGCGGAGUGAAGAGAGGCGGACGGAUACGGCGGAGGCGCGGCAGGACAAUGUGUAGGCGAGCUUCGGCUUCCUUGGGAGAGUUGGAGCGUCGCACUUAGCAAACAAGCAAACAACAAAAGCAACAAAGGCGACAAAAGCAACAAAGCUUUCGGACAUGCUCGCGAUCGGCGGCCCGGCGAGCGUCUGAGCUCGGGAGCAGCGCGUCGUCGCCGGUCCUCGGCCGCGAUCAUGUUUUUCCCGGCCGACCGCUGACGAGAAAGCGGACGGUGGCGAGAAAAGCGAGAAAGCGGAGAGAAACAUGAGCGGCAUGGCCGUCCUCCUGCGGACGCUGCUGCCGCUGGCCACUUUAUGUCUGCUGCUAAGAGGCGAGCCGCUGCUGCUGUACGCCAACCGCCGGGACCUGCGCCUGGUGGACGCGGGGCGCGAGCGCGCCAACGCCAGCGUGGUGGUGGGCGGCCUGGAGGACGCGGCGGCGGUGGACUACGUCUUCUCGCGGGGGCUGGUCUACUGGAGCGACGUGAGCGAGGAGGCCAUCAAGCGGGCGUCCCUGGCGCCGGGGGGCGGCGCGACCGACGCGCGCACGGUGGUGCCCGGGCUGGCCUCGCCCGACGGCCUGGCCUGCGACUGGCUGGCCGCCAAACUCUACUGGACCGACUCGGACACCAAUCGCAUCGAGGUGUCGGAGCUGGACGGGACCUUGCGCAAGGUUCUCUUCUGGCAGGAGCUGGACCAACCCAGAGCCAUCGCCUUGGACCCCGCUCGAGGCUUCAUGUACUGGACGGACUGGGGCGAGAUCCCCAAGAUCGAGCGGGCGGGGAUGGACGGCACCAAUCGCUCCAUCAUUGUGGACCGCGACAUCUACUGGCCCAACGGACUCACGCUGGACUACGAGCAGCGAAAGCUCUACUGGGCCGACGCCAAGCACAACUUUAUUCACCGCUGCCACCUGGACGGCACCGACAGGGAGGUGGUGGUGAAAGGCGAGCUGCCUCACCCGUUCGCCCUCACCCUCUUCGAAGACACGCUUUUCUGGACCGACUGGAACACGCACUCCAUCCACUCGUGCGCCAAGCGCGACGGCGCCGACCAGCGCGUGGUCCACUCGGACAUCUUCUCGCCCAUGGACAUCCACGUCUUCAGUGCCAAGAGACAAACUCCCGUGAGCACGCCGUGCUCGCUGGACAACGGCGGCUGCUCCCACCUGUGCCUGCUGUCCCCGGACGAGCCCUUCUACCGCUGCGCCUGUCCCACCGGCGUGCAGCUGCUGCGCGACGACAAGACCUGCCGAGACGGCGCCACGCGAAUGUUGCUGCUGGCCCGGCGGACGGACCUGCGUCGCAUCUCGCUGGACACGCCCGACUUCACCGACAUCAUCCUGCAGGCGGACGACAUCCGCCACGCCAUCGCCAUCGACUACGACCCGGUGGAGGGCUACAUCUACUGGACGGACGACGACGUGCGGGCCAUCCGCCGCUCCCUGCCCGACGGCUCCGACGCCCGCUUCGUGGUCACGUCGCAGGUCAACCACCCGGACGGCAUCGCCGUGGACUGGAUCGCCCGCAACCUCUACUGGACCGACACGGGCACCGACCGCAUCGAAGUCACCCGCCUCAACGGCACCAUGCGCAAGAUCCUGGUCUCGGAAGACCUGGACGAGCCCCGGGCCAUCGUCCUGGACCCCGUGGCCGGGUACAUGUACUGGACGGACUGGGGCCAGGUGCCCAAGAUCGAACGCGCCGACCUGGACGGAACGGAGCGGGUGGUGAUGGUCAACACGUCGCUGGGGUGGCCCAACGGCCUGGCGCUGGACUACGACGAGCGCAAGAUUUACUGGGGCGACGCCAAGACCGACGUGAUUGAGGUGAUGAACAUGGACGGGACUUUGCGGCGCGUGCUGGUGGAGGACAAGCUGCCUCACAUUUUCGGCUUCACGCUGCUGGGCGACUACAUCUACUGGACGGACUGGCAGCGGCGCAGCAUCGAGCGCGUUCACAAGCACACGGCCGAGCGCGAGAUCAUCAUCGACCAGCUGCCCGACCUGAUGGGCCUCAAGGCCACCUACGUGCAUCGGGCGGCGGGCAGCAACGCGUGCGCGGAGAACAACGGCGGCUGCAGCCACCUGUGCCUGUUCAAGCCGCGGGGGCCGCAGUGCGGCUGCCCCAUCGGCCUGGAGCUGAUCGCCGACAUGCGCACGUGCAUCGUGCCCGAGGCCUUCCUGCUCUUCUCGCGCCACACCGACAUCCGCCGCAUCUCCCUGGAGACCAACAACAACAACGUGGCCAUUCCGCUCACCGGCGUCAAGGAGGCCUCCGCCCUGGACUUUGACGUCACCGACAACAGGAUCUACUGGACCGACAUCACGCUCAAGACCAUCAGCCGAGCGUUCAUGAACGGCAGCGCCCUGGAGCACGUGGUGGAGUUCGGCCUGGACUACCCCGAAGGAAUGGCGGUGGACUGGCUGGGGAAGAACCUGUACUGGGCCGACACGGGCACCAACCGCAUCGAGGUGGCCAAGCUGGACGGCCAGCACCGGCAGGUCCUGGUCUGGAAGGAUUUGGACAGCCCGCGCGCUCUGGCCCUGGACCCGGCCGAAGGCUACAUGUACUGGACCGAGUGGGGGGGCAAGCCCAAGAUCGACCGGGCGGCCAUGGACGGGAGCGGUCGCGUGACCCUGGUGGCCGACGUGGGCCGGGCCAACGGACUCACCAUCGACUACGCCGAGCGCCGCCUGUACUGGACCGACCUGGACACCACGCUCAUCGAGUCCUCCGACAUGCUGGGUCUAGAUCGAGAGGUGAUCGCCGACGACCUCCCCCACCCGUUCGGCCUGACGCAGUACCAGGACUAUAUCUACUGGACGGACUGGAGCCAGCGCAGCAUCGAGCGGGCCAACAAGAGCAGCGGGCAGAACCGCACCGUCAUCCAGGGCCACCUGGACUACGUGAUGGACAUCCUGGUCUUCCACUCGUCCCGGCAGGGCGGCUGGAACGCCUGCGCCUCCACCAACGGCCACUGCUCGCACCUGUGCCUGGCCGUGCCGGUGGGCGGCUUUGUCUGCGGCUGCCCCGCCCACUUUUCCCUCAACUACGACAACAAGACCUGCGACGCGCCCACGUCCUUCCUGCUCUUCAGCCAGAAGACGGCCAUCAACCGCAUGGUGAUGGACGAGCAGCAGAGUCCCGACAUCAUCCUGCCCAUCCACAACCUCAGGAACGUCCGCGCCAUCGACUACGACCCGCUGGACAAGCAGCUCUACUGGAUGGACUCCAAGCAGAACGUCGUCCGCCGCGCGCAGGAGGACGGCAAUCAGAGCGCGACGGUGGUGUCGGGCUCGCAGCUCUACGACCUGAGCAUCGACAUCUACAGCCGCUUCAUCUACUGGACCAGCGAGCUCACCAACGUCAUCAACGUCACGCGCACCGACGGCGGGCGCGUGGGCGUGGUGCUGAGGGGACCUCACGACAAGCCGCGCGCCAUCGUGGUCAACCCCGAGAGAGGGUACAUGUACUUCACCAACAUGCUGGAGCGCUCGCCCACCAUCGAGCGCGCGGCACUGGACGGCACGGAGCGCGAGGUCCUCUUCUUCAGCGGACUGGGCAAACCGGCGGCGCUGGCCGUGGACAACGAACUGGCCAAGCUCUUCUGGGUGGACUCGGACCUGCGCCGCAUCGAGAGCAGCGACCUCUCAGGCGCCAAUCGCGUGGUGAUCGCCGACUCCAACAUCCUGCAGCCGGUGGGCCUGACGGUGUUCGGCAAGCACCUGUACUGGAUCGACAAGCAGCAGCAGAUGAUCGAGCGCGUGGACAAGACCACGCGCGAGGGCCGCACCAAAAUCCAGGCCCGCGUCGCCUACCUCAGCGACAUCCACGCCGUGCACGAGCUGGACAUGAGGGAGUACGGUAAGCACCCGUGCACGUGGAACAACGGCGGCUGCUCCCACAUCUGCAUCGUGAAGGGCGACGGCACCACGCGCUGUUCCUGUCCGGUCCACUUGGUGCUGCUGCAGGACGAGCUCUCCUGCGGAGAACCCCCGACGUGCUCGCCGGAGCAGUUCUCGUGCCGUUCCGGAGAGGUGGACUGCAUCCCGCAGUCGUGGCGCUGCGACGGUUACGUGGAGUGCGAAGACAUCAGCGACGAGGCCGACUGUCCCGUCUGCUCGGAGAGCGAGUUCCAGUGCGACAGUCGCCAGUGCAUCGACCUGGCCCUCUGGUGCAACGGCGAGGUCAACUGCCAAGAUCGCUCCGACGAGAACGACAAGUGCGCCGGUGAGGCCGGGUGGGACUUUUCUUUCUUCUUCUUCUCUGGAAAGGUUUUGUUGAAAGUUGUUGGUUUUACGACAGAGCGCUGCCCGCCCGAUCACUUCAUGUGCGCCAACCGCCAGUGCGUGGCCAAGCAUAAAAAGUGCGACAACAACAUGGACUGCGCGGACAACUCGGACGAGACGGGCUGCUACCCGACGGAGGAGCCGCCCCCGCCCAACAACACCAUCGGCUCGGUCGUGGGCGUGGUGAUGGCCCUCUUCCUGGUGGGCGCCGUCUACUUCGUGUGCCAGCGCGUCCUGUGCCCUCAGAUGAAGGACGACGGCGAGACGGUCGCCAACGACUUUGCGGCGCACGGGCCCUCCUUGGUGCCGCUGGGCUACGUGCCGCACGCCGCCUCCCUCUCCGGCUCGCUGCCAGUCACGUCCGGGGGCAAGUCGGCCAUCGGCUCGCUCAGCAUCAUGGGCGGCAGCAGCGGGCCGCCGUACGACCGCGCCCACAUCACCGGGGCCUCGUCCAGCAGCUCGUCCAGCACCAAGGGCGCCUACUUCCCGCCGAUCCUGAACCCGCCUCCGUCUCCCGCCACCGUCCGCUCGCAGUACACCGUGGAGUUCGGCUACUCGUCCAACAGCCCGUCCACGCACCGGUCCUACAGCUACCGGGCCUACACUUACCGGCACUUCGCGCCCCCCACCACGCCGUGCAGCACGGACGUGUGCGACAGCGACUACACCCCGGGGCGGCGCGCGCCGCCCAAGUCGGGCGGAGGCCGCGCGGCGGGGCCGGCGGCCGGCGCCAAAGGUUACGCCAGCGACCUCAACUACGACUCGGAGCCUUUCCCGCCGCCGCCGACGCCGCGCAGCCAGUACCUGUCGGCCGAGGAGAACUGCGAGAGCUGCCCGCCCUCGCCCUACACCGAGCGCAGCUACUCUCACCACCUGUACCCGCCCCCGCCCUCGCCCUGCACGGACUCGUCCUGAGCCGCCGCUGUAAAUAUCAAUUGUGCGCAAACGAGGGCAAAAAUGGGAAAGGCCGAGCCGGCCGCCGCCGCCGCCGCCGAACAUUUGUACAUUGAAAAAGAGAAAAACAUAUUUAUAUAUUUUCUAUACAGUGACGAUGACGUCGAUGCCAUAGAGGUUUGUAUUCCGACAUUUGUACUUUUUUUUUUUUUUUUUUAAGCCGAGCUUUUAUUCAAAUCCCACGCAUAGAAGUUGCCUUAAAGGACACGACGCCAAAUACGGAGCGUCGGCCGGGGCCCCGGACCGAAAGGCGCCGAGAAGCCGGCCGUCUUGUGCCUGAGCAGCGGCACGGCGAGUAUUUUUGUAGCACACUUAAUGGAUUUAUAAGCUAGACCGAAGAAGACGAAGCCUCGCCGAGCUCUCGUUCCUAUUUUUCUACACCGUCUGGCGCGCUCGCCGCCGGACGUCACGCGACCGCCUCCUCCUGGCGGAAAGUCGCCCCGGGCGCUGGGAAAAAAGGCCACCUCUCGAAGGGAGCCGCCAAAAGUGUCUGCCCGCCCCGCCUCUUCAAGCACUUUGGUCUCCGGCUCGUCUUUGGUUCUUUGUCUACAGCCAGAAGCUGCUCUUGUCCUUUUUGUUCCUUUGGUUCAACAUAAAGCGAGUGACAUUUGA